AUUGAGCAUUUAGCUUAGGCUCUAUUAUAAGGUAUGCGCUACAGGAGAUCUGUUAUGCUAUCGAUCACUUCCUUACGGUGUAAAAAACAUUAAUGAAUAUGAAGUAUAAAAAACAAUCAAUUGGAUUUUAGGUAGUGCUACUCAGAUGUUUGCUUGAUUUUGAUUCGGAGAUUUAUUGCAUUUUAGCUGAUACUACUUCGAAUAAUCAUGAUUUAAAUUUUUAAUUAUGCUACCAAUGGAUGUCGAUAUUCAUCCAAACAGUAGAAAUGGUGGUUCCUCUGUUCACCAUGGACAACGAUUAAGUACAGAUAUACCUGAUAGUAUAAAUGUCUCAGUGGGUGAUUCGAGCAACAUCCGGUCGUCAUAUGUUGAUUCAUCUACGUCUGUAACAGGUACCAUUCGAAGUGAUAUUUGUGCAAGUGACAAUAGGAUGCUUAAUUCCCUGCAUGAACGUGUCAAUUUUUGUGAAUCUAAUAAUCUUGUAUCUCGUUGUUGUUCAUUGGGAGAUGGGUUAAUGAAUAGUGUUCAGAAUUCAUAUGUUGCGUCGUCCGCUAACAACACAAAAUCGAGUGUUGUUCAACAAUCUAAUGAUCGUCUGGCAUAUACUGCUGAACGUCAUCCUAUUAGUUCGUUCGAAGCUAUGAAUCGUUUUCGUAAAAAUAAAGAAUUAUGUGAUGUAGUGUUGCUGGUUGAUGGUCGCGAAAUUUACACACAUCGUGUUGUGUUGGCUGCCUGUUCCGCUUAUUUCAGAGCAAUGUUCACUGGAGAAUUGGCGGAAUCUCGACAAACGGAGGUAACUCUCUACGAUCUAGAUGGCGAUGCUGUAGAAACUCUCAUAGAUUUCUGUUACACUAGCCAAAUAACAGUAGAAGAAUGUAAUGUUCAAAAUCUGCUUCCAGCUGCCUGUCUCUUGCAACUUACAGAAAUCCAAGAUGUUUGCUGUGAAUUCUUAAAGCGCCAGUUGGAUCCAUCUAAUUGUCUUGGAAUUCGAGCAUUCGCAGACACACAUGCCUGCAGAGGAUUAUUGCGUGUAGCUGAUCGGUUUACACAUCUAAACUUUCUUGAAGUUGUAGAAUCUGAAGAAUUUCUUCUAUUGCCUGUUAGUCAUCUUGUAGAUAUUUUAAGUUCCGAUGAUUUAAAUAUUAAUUCAGAAGAACAAGUUUAUUAUUCUGUAAUGCGUUGGAUGCAUCAUAAUUUAUCUGAUCGUCGUCCCUAUUUAUCUUAUUUACUAGAACAUGUACGAUUACCUCUUCUUAGUCCGAAAUUUUUAGUUGGUACCGUUAGUACAGAUUUAUUAGUACGCUCAGAUGAACGUUGUCGUGAUUUAGUUGAUGAAGCUAAAGAUUAUUUAUUAUUACCUCAAGAACGUCCACUAAUGCAAGGUCCACGUACUAAACCUAGAAAAAUUUUACAAGGAGGUGAAUUAUUAUUUGCAAUUGGUGGAUGGUGUUCAGGAGAUGCGAUCGCUUCAGCUGAACAUUAUGAUCCACGUACACAUAAAUGGCAUCUUGUAGCUCCAAUGCAUAAAAGACGUUGUGGCGUAGGUGUUGGAGUUGUCUAUGAUCUUCUUUAUGCUGUUGGAGGACAUGAUGGACAUAGUUAUUUGAAUUCUGUUGAAAGAUACGAUCCACAUACAAAUCAAUGGUCAUCAGAUAUUGCUUCAACUAGUACGUGUCGUACAAGUGUUGGUGUAGCUGUAUUAAAUGGUUCUAUGUAUGCUGUUGGUGGACAAGAUGGUGUGUCUUGUUUGAAUUUUGUUGAAUGCUAUGAUCCAAAUGUAAAUAAAUGGCUCAAGGUGUCCAGUAUGAUUACUCGUCGUUUAGGUGUAGGUGUUGCAGUUUUGAAUGGUCAAUUGUAUGCUGUUGGUGGUUCAGAUGGUCAACAACCUUUAUCCUCUGUGGAACAUUUUGAUCCUCGUGUUGGUACAUGGCACCAAAUAUCCUGUAUGGGAACUAAACGUAAACACUUAGGUGUGGCUGUCUAUAAUGGUUUGAUAUACGCUGUGGGUGGAAGAGAUGAGGUUACAGAAUUAUCGUCUGUAGAAUGCUUAGAUUUACGUAGUCGUACAUGGACUCCUGUUGUAGCAAUGACAUCACGACGUAGUGGAGUUGGAUUAGCUGUAGUUAAUAAUCAGUUAAUUGCAAUCGGUGGAUUCGAUGGUGCUACCUAUUUAAAAUCUGUAGAACUCUAUGAUCCAGAUGCAAAUUGUUGGUCUGUACGAGGUAGUAUGAAUUCUAGACGUUUAGGUGGUGGAGUUGGUGUUGUACGUCUAGUUAAUCCACAUUUUAAUUUGAAUAAUACAUCAUUUAUUAGUAAUAAUUCUAUUAGUAAUUGUAGUACUACAAAUCGUGGUGUUGGUCAUAUGAAUAAUAAUACUAUUGGUACAAGUUGUAAUAACAGUAUAAUUAAUGAUGAUUCACUUGGAUUAUCUAUGACUGAUUCAAUAUUUCCACCUGGUUUACCUAUUUCUACAACGAAUCAAUAUUUCCAUAAUAUUAACAACAAUAAUAAUAGUAGUAGUAGCAAUAAUAGUACUGGCAGUAAUAGUAUUUCUCAAUCAAUAAUAAGAAAUUUACCUAAUUCAACACUUAUUUCUUCUGUAUCGGGUACUAGUGGUUCAACAAUCACAGCUACAACGUCAUCAGUAGCCAAUUCUGGUCAAAUGAACAUUUCAAGUACCAGAUCAAGCAGUACUUUUUUAUUUUAGAACAAAAUGAAAUUUCAAAUUAAUAAUAAUAAUAUCUCUAUUUAUAUGUAACAUUUAAUCUUACUAUUUAUAUAAACUUUCGAAGUUUGUCUGUUUGUUUUUUUGUACAUGAUCUGUAUUUAGUCAUUAUCUUUUUUCUGUAUUUCUUUAUCUAACUUGUACAUGAAUUCGUUCUAGUUUCCCUUUUUAGGUCACUUUUUGUAAAAGAUUUUAAUUGUACCUACAAAGAGCAUAUCUGUUCUUCUGGUUACACAAUAUAUAUAUGCUUAUGAGGUGUCAAUCUAUUUCACGAAUAGUUUCUGUACUGUAUAUUUAUUGUAAUAGUUUACAUAAGAUUUAUUAUGUUUUCUCAAAUGAAAUUAAUUCUGACGUUGAAAAAUAGUUCACUGACAAAUUAUUCUUAAUUGAUUAGUCUGUUUUUCUUUUUUUGCGUAUACCUUUUCCCUGUAAGUUUGGUUAUGUUGAUUAGCGAAAAUUGUUAGACAAUUUUGCCUUGUACAAAGAAUGAUCAUAAUAAGAUGAUAACCUAUUCUUAUGCUCAUUUAUCCAAAUAUACCAAAUUUUGAG